AUGAAGUUCUCCACUGGAGUUAUGACUAUCGCUGCUGCCAUGGGAUUCCAGGCCGUUUCUGGUGCUCCUCUCGCUGCCAGACAAGCUCCUAUCACUGAUGGUGAUAUUCUCAACUAUGCCCUUACACUUGAGCACCUCGAGAAUGCCUUUUACGCUGAAGGGCUCAAGAAGUUUACCAAGAAAGACUUCACGGACGCCGGCUUCACUAGCGAGUUUUAUGAGAAUCUGGUUAUCAUCAGCAGUGAUGAAGAAACCCACGUAGACUUUCUCCAAAAGGGUCUUACCGCCGCAGGAGCAGUCCCAGUCAAACCGUGCACAUACAAAUUCCCCGGGAGCACUCCUGAGGAAUUUGUCAUGGUUAGUGGUAUUCUUGAGGGUGUUGGUGUCAGUGCUUAUCUUGGUGCUGCCGCAAGCAUCAUGGAAAAGGCUUACCUGACUGCCGCUGGUUCAAUCCUCACCGUAGAGGCCCGCCAUUCUUCGUACAUACGUGCUGCAAAUAAGCAAGCACCAUUCCCUCAGCCAUUCGACACUCCUCUGAGCUUCAACCAAGUGUUUUCUCUCGCCGUUCAGUUCAUCGUUGAAUGCCCCGCGGAUCAGCCAAUGCUACCAUUCAAAGCUUUCCCUGCUCUGACCUUUGUGCCCGCCGAGGGCGAACCUGAAGUCAAAGCUGGAAGCACCAUUUAUUUGUCCACUGCUGCUGCCACCCAUACGUAUGAUCACGAUUGCAUUUACGCUGCUUUCAUGACAGUUACGGGCCCGAUCUUUGUUAAGGUCGAGAAGAAGGGCGACAAGUUUACUGUCGUCGUUCCUAAGGGCGUUAACGGUCAGAGCUAUGUGAUUUUAACUAGCUCCAACACCGGAGUUACCGAUGACAACACCAUUGCCGGUCCGGCUAUCGUCGAGAUUACCAACUAUUAA